AUGAUCCUCUCGGCAACUUGGAGAAAUAGGAAUGCAAAAGUUUGGGAGGGCGAUUUUAAGCAGGUUUCACAGCUUGUCCCAAUGACUUUAGGUUGGCUAGAAGAGUAUAAAGUAGCUCACAUUACUCCCAAGUCCGGUUUGGCUGCUAGGACGCCUCCAAAGUGGAAGAAACCCCCUGUUGGUUUUAUCAAAUUGAAUGUUGAUGCAGCCUUUGAUCAAACUUCGUGUCGGGCGGCGGGGUUAGGUGGAGUAUUCAGAGAUCAUAUCGGGGCCUUUCUUCAUGGGUUUCGACAUACUAUCAUAGUUGCUCAUUCUGCUAGACAUGUGGAACUUUUAGCAUUGGUCUUGGGAGUACAGUUAGCUGUUGAUAAUCAUCUUACACCUUUGCUAGUGGAGACUGAUUGCUUGGAUUUGGUAUCUGCACUAUCCUCUUCUUUGGAUUCUUCGGAACUGGGUUUUCUGUUGGCAGACUUGCGGGUUCUGUUGCACAAAGCACAGGAGGCUCAUGUCCUCAAGGUUGGAAGACAGGCUAAUGGUGUGGCUCACAUCUUGGCUCACGAGGCCAAGCAUGCUGAUUGUCAGAUAGAUUUCUUUUCAUGUAUUCCUCCGUCUGUGGAGGCUAGUCUAAUCUCUUAUUGUAAUGAUUCUCCAUCAAUGAAUUAG